AUGGCGACGAAUGGAGCUGUUGUAGAAAAGCGAGCGGAAAAUAGCAUGAACGGAUUUGAAAACGGCGAUGCAACGCUUUCAGAGGACUUGGAUAACGCGAAUAGAAUACUCAUUCAUGGCGGGAAUAUCUCAAACUGGAGUAGAACGAAAAGGAAAACGACUGCUGAUUCAUCUGAUGAGUUAUCAGAGAGUAUGGUGACAACAUUGAACUGCUAUGUGCCACUUAGCAAGCCACCCACCAAACUGGGAAGAAAAACGGUGCGCUUUGUUAAUGACUGCUUUAUGGAGAAGAUUAAAUUGGAUGAAAGAAUGCAUCUGAAAAUUUCUGCCAAGAUCUUUGCGAUCUCAUUGAACCCUGCUGUUGUCAGAGACUCGCUCUUCAGGGCCAUGCUGGAACUUGGAGUGGAUUCAAUUGAGACAUUGAUUCUAACCCUACCGGACAUACAAGAUCCUGAACAGCACUUUACAACAAUCAAAAGCUUUUGGCAGGAAAUGGAGCAGCUCUAUGACAGUGGUUAUGUGCAGACACUUGGUGUGUGUGACUUGGAUAAACCCACCUUGGAAAAGCUCUAUGACUGGGCAAGGAUAAAACCUGAGAUUGACCAAGUGAAUUUGGCGUCUUGUUGCGUGAUGCCGAAGGAUCUUGUGGAGUAUAGCAAGACACGAGACAUUCAACUUCUCACACAUGCUGACCCAAGAGAGAUGCUGAGCGAAGAGCGCCUGCAACAGGUUCUGGGUGUGGUCUCUGAGGAGAUGAACGUUGCUGGAUGGAGGCCAUCUUGGGUUAUGCGUUACUCUGUGCUCGUCAAGUGCCGUGGGGUCAUCAAGAGCAAAGCGUAUAUCAUGAGUUGCGAGCGCUCGUAGACAACGCCUUUUUUAAUAUCAAUAAUUCACUACAAUGCGAAGAUUUUAGGAUACGCCGAGUCACAGUCCUCGCCAUCGUCACUACCGUAUAAAUCGUCGAAUGGCACCAUCGUCAUUGUGUCGUGCUGGUAUCGGUAUCUUGUCGUGUUGGCAUCGGUAUCGUGUCGUGUGAAAAACGUCAUCGUGUCGUGUUGUCAUCGGUAUCGUGUCGUGCGACUACCGGUAUUAUUCUCUCUUUCCGCGCAUUUUACGACUCGUUGUGGAGAAGACAAAAUUUGACAGAGAUUUCUAGUUCUUUUGCAUAAAUCGUAUUGUUCAAAAUCGCAAGCCCUGAGCCUUCAAACUUGAAAUUCAUUGUCGAUUAAUAUCUUGAAAUAAUUAGAGUGUCGUUUUGGGUGUAGCUAAACAUGUAACAAGUGACUUUUUUUAGUCUAAGUGAAAUGUAAACAUUCCUGUACAACAUGAGAAGGAAGUUUUAAAAAUUAGCAAAACUCUCGAAAACUAUCUGAAAUUUGAUUGACGUGUCACUCGCAAAAGUAGCACAACUAAACAAUCAACCAGAUUAACCGAUAAAUUGGCCUCAAAUAUCACAAGUGCGAUUCAAUUACUAAUUAGGUUCUUCCAAAUUUCUCGCCCGCAGUUUACCCCAUACAUGACGUCCCGUUAUAGCUAAUGUAUAGUGUCUUGAUGGUUUUUUUCACUUAUAUUGUAUGAUGAAGGAUUGUAAAUAUGGCAGAGGAAAUAAUCUGUCAUUCUCGGGGACCCAGGGCGACCCUGAGACCGGAAGCGGGAGUACGCGCGAAAAUGAAUGAAAGAAUGGGGAACGCUUCCGGUCUCCUCGUCGCCCUGGGUCCAAGAGGAUGAGAGUCGAUGUACAUAAGAAAUUUAAAGGGGUUACAGCAGAACUUACAUAAGCUGAACUAACUUGGACCUACGAGUUUUUCCGUUACACACUUAUUCCCUAUAUGCCAGCUUUUUCUAAUGAAUCAUCAGAAGACUUAGAUAUCUAUUGAUGAACCAUAUUAUGCCGGUUCCGUUAAGGGGAAUUCUUCUGUAUAAUUAUAUAUUCUUUUUUGUCAUCCCUCUGAUUUGUAUUCGUUGACUUUUCCAGGAUCGAUUGAACGAAGAAUAAAUUGUUAUUGUAAUUAUAAA